UAAGCACGAAAAUCAGUGCUUCUCCUCCAUUCUUAUCUGCUUCUAGACGCGGCGAGAGCAAACAACGGUUCAGGUCUGUGAAUAGAUAAACACUAGACAGAUCAAGAUGGCAAUGGUGAAGGCCAAGGACGUGGUUUCUCACAAUCCCGUUGUCGUUUUCAGCAAGUCUUACUGUCCCUUCUGCGUGAGCGUGAAGAAGCUGUUGCAGCAAGUAGGCGCCUCCUUCAAGGCCAUUGAGCUCGACAUUGAAAGUGAUGGAAAUGAAAUUCAAUCAGCACUAGCAGAGUGGACCGGGCAUAGGACAGUGCCAAACGUCUUCAUUGGUGGAAAGCAUAUCGGUGGAUGUGACUCUACUACCGCAUUACAUCAGCAAGGGAAGCUGGUGCCUCUGCUGACUGAAGCUGGUGCCGUUGGCAAGUCUUCUGCCUAAAGAAAUAUUGGUAUCUCGUUUCUUGUAAAAUAGUAAUAAAUGAUUACCUCUCCAGUUCAUGUUAUGUUCUGACGGCUAUUAUACCAUGACUAUAUAUGGGUAAAUUCCAGAAUGUUGCAUUGAUAAAUGUUUUUUGCUCUUCCUUA